AUGUCUUAUGAAGGAAAUGAACGUCGGCUACAAGAACUAUUAGAAAACUGCUCAAGUGCUAGCUCCUGUGACUCCGAGAGCGAAGAAGAAAUUGAUAACGUUUCUCAGAGAAGUGAAGAAAGUGAUUCCGAACAAGAGGGUAUUUUGGAUAAUUUGGAAGAGCCGGAAUCUGUGCCGGCGUCUAAUAGUCAGUCGGCUGAGGUACGUGGAACUUCUUAUACAUCCAAAGAUGGCACAAAAUGGUCAAAAGAUUGUCCUAGACAAAGCGUUCGAGUUCGAUCUGAGAAUAUAAUUACUAAUGCAACAGGCGUCAAAGGUACUGCAAAACUUGCUAAAACUGAGAUUGAAACUUGGAGUCGCUUUAUAACAGACAGUAUGUUGAAUACCGUACUAACAUGCACAAAUAUUCAAAUAAAGGAUAAAAGGGAACAACAUCCAAAAAAUAGAGAAGAAGAAGAAAUGAGCAGUAUCACAUGA